CGAUAAACGUUAAACCGUGCGGUAGACUAAAAAAAACAAUUGAAACUUUAAACGAGAAUAAAAUAAUAUAGCAUUUUGUAAAGUGAAAAUUUUGGAUUUGGAAAUUUUCCAUUUGUGAAGUGAAACUUAAUACGGGGCAUAAUGUUUUUCAACCCCUUGAAUAUUGUUUUGGUUGUGGCUUUUUUGGCCAUAUGUCAACCACAAGCAUCUUACUCGCAAUUCUUUCAAAGACAACAACAACAGCAACCGUUUAUAGGCAAUGUACCCCGUACCGGUUCAGUAUCCAAAGCCACUGCUAAUGCACAGGAACGUCAAGUGGAACUUGGUAGACUGGAAGCUUCUCGUGGGGUUGUCAAUGCCAAAACUGUAACCAAAACUAACGGAGGCUUCGUUAAUGGUGGUACCACAACAGUUGCCAAAAGUCAGGCUAAAUCGAGAGAUGUGAGCUUAGGUCGCUUGGACAUAGGCAGUACCCUAACACGUUCUCAAACCAAAACCAACGGAGCAGUGUCGAAAGCUGUAAGCUAUGAUGUGAAUGUGGGCAAGUUGGGAGUUGACACUUCAUUGUCCAGAGAUAAUUUGCGUAAUGGUUUAGGUAUCAAGCGAGGAAAUGAUGGUGGUUUAGGUCUCAAUUUGGGCUUUUUGAAUGUUGAUUUAUCACGUAACCAACAGAAGCAGCCAGCACAAGCUCUAACUCAAGCUCAAGCCCAGGCUCAGGGAGUGAAUGCACAGGCUAAAGCUAACAGCAAUUCUCAAACACAGUCCAAACAAAUUGGUCGACUUGGAGUUACAAACACCCAAUCCAAUUCUAAUGCUAUUAGUCGCACUCAAAAUGGCCAGACAUCGGCUUCCGCUGGCGGUUUAGCUGGUGGUUCUGCUGCCAACGUUAAUAGUUUUGGUCAAAAUAGAAUUCGUAGAGACCCAAAUGCUGGCCGUAAUCCAGUUUUUGGCAUUCCCCAACGAGUUUUUGGUAGACCAAAGCGCAGAGCCCAAUUUAUUCCUUUCGCCUAUCCCGGCAGUGAUUAUGAACGUCCCAGACGUCAGUUCGGCAGACCUUCAUUUGGUUUCCAACGUCCCGGUGCCCAACGUCCCGGUUUUGGUUUCCAACAACCCAACUUUGGCUUCGGUAUGCCUCAAAAGCAAAACGCAAAUGCUCAGGGUUUAGCCAACAACCAAUUUAAUGGUUUUCAACAACAAGCCGGUGCUAAUACCCAAAGCAAUCAGGAACUGAAUGCCAAUGGUUUGUUCCAGAAUAAUGGCGCCUCCAGUAUUGGCUCGAAUUUGGCUACAGAUGGCAGCAGCGGUCAAUUAAGUUCAGCUAAUGUAAACCAAGAGAAUUCCUUUACAAAUGGUGGCUCCCAAAGUACAAAUAAUGCCCAAAGUCAAGGCUUGAAUUUCGAUAAAAAUCAGCAACAGGCUGCUAAUGCCAAUGCUGGCACAAAGGAAAUACAAACCGCCAACGGUGAACGUUAUGAAGCUAAUGGUGGUUCCCAGUCCACAAACAACAAUCAAUUUGGCACCUCCAGCAAUAUAGCCAAUACCAAUUCGGUGACCUAUGAAGAAGGUAACAUGCGUGGUUCCCAGGCCGAUUCCAGCAGUCAAUCGAUUUUCCAAGGAAACAAUGGACAAAACUCAGCUGCUCAAACUAAUUCAAAUGUCAAUUCUGUACAAGGACCAAAUGGUUUUGUCAGCAAUUCCGCCAGCAGUAAUGCCUCUGCUGUUAGUCGGGGUGGUCAAUCGGCCAAUGCCAAUGCCGUUGCUUCUGCCAACUCCAAUUCCAAUGCAAACGGUGGCAAUGCCUUUUCAAAUGCCAACACUAAUGCGGGAGCUUUCAACAAUGGCUUUGGAGGCUUUGGUGGUGCCCAAGCCAAUAGUGGAGCUUUUGGCAAUUUCGGUGGUGCCCAAGGUUUUGGCCAAUCGGGUUUCCGAGGUUAGAAUAUUAUUUGAAACAAACGAGAUUAUAGAUAUUAUGCACUGUGUGUAUGUGUCACUUAAACUACAUACGAAAACUGUUUAAAUUAUUUGUACACAAUAAAAUGUUAAUUAUUUUUUUUAUAUA